GUUCGCUGCACACCAGUCUGUCCUUUCCCACCUCACCACACACGCUCCCAGUACCUUCCUUCACCUUCUCUUCGUGGACACAUCUCUCCAUCAUGGUUCGAUUCUUGGAUCUUGCUCUCCUCCUUUUUGGCUUUCAAGCCGCCGGAGUCUUCUCCCAGGCGCCCGACAGCGUCGAUGAGGAAGUUGAGGACCCUUCAACCAGCCCAUCUCUCGCUGUGACUGUUGAAGCCAGCUUUCCCAAUGCCGAGAUCUUCGGUAUCAAGCUUGUUAAUGGCAAGCCCACCGAAGCCGUCCUUUCCUUCAUGAACGAGGAACCAGAUCCAGUCACCAUUCAAUUUGUCGGUGGCAGUCUGUGGACUCCGGACCUCGCAAACCCUCGCAUCGUCCGAAACCUGACCACCGCCCAAUAUGCUGUUGAAAUCACCCCCGGCGAGAAGCAAAGUCUUCCGUACACCUUCCAAACCAACAUGCACCCGCAAGACCUUCGACUGAACUUGGCUGCUGUCGUAAGCUCGCACAAUACAUUCUACACUUUGCAGGCCUUCAAUGGCACUGUCUCUGUGGUUGAACAAGACGCGAGCAUUUUCGAUCCGCAAAUUCUGUUCCUGUACUGCUUCCUCCUCGCCUGUGCUGUCGGUGUCGGCUAUUUCUUCUACACCAUCUGGAUCGUUCCAUACUUCCCCCAGAAGCGCAAGCAAACUACCAAGAAGGCACCUAUCAAGAAGAUCGAGGUCGGCUCGGUUCAAUCCGACAACGAAGGUCCAGCAAUCUCUACCGGUGCUAAGACAUAUAACGAGGAAUGGAUCCCGACCCAUCACAUUCAACGCCCCGAGGCUCGUCGUGUCAAGAGUGGCGGCAGACCAAAGAGCCGUGGAAAGCCCGAGUAGAAAAAGCAAUACAUUACGCGCAAUUUCGUCGACAUGAUGUUGCUGUAUAUUUUCAUACUUCUCCUUCUGCUUUACAUUAGGCAGGAGAGUGACACAGUGGGAUGGAAAAAGGGCAGCAUUUGGACAUUCGAGAGAGCUACGCAUGGACGUGGGGUUUGCAUUUUGACCGGAAAAAAGGGGUGCGGUGCGACUUUGCAAUAUCGGAAACAUGGACAAUUGUACAGACUAUGUUGGAUGACGUUUGACUGCACAUCAAGAACUGAGAUACCGACAGAGUUCGGAUGAUUAAGUGCAGCAAGAGAGAAAACGUAGAGAAAAAUCAUUGGUGCGCAAGGCAGAUGAAAAAAUAACAUAAAAUGAGACAAGAGACAGCUUUAACAUUCUUCAAACGUCAAGAAACAAGUUAAAAAUCUAGUACUACAGUAAGGUAGGUGAGUCUGG